CUCUCUAAUUAGGGUUGCCACACCUAAACUGUGUGUGAGUGUGAGUGUUAGUCCCAAACCAAAAAAAAAAAAAAAACAUAUCUUUCAUGGCAAACCAAAACCCUUCUUCAAUUCCAAGCUCAGACCCUGAAACAGCCCAAGCCUCUCCAACAACAUGUACAUGUUUCUCAGCCAACGUGAUCGUGCAGAAAGUGAAAACCAACUUGGUUUUACGUUCAAAAUGGAGUGAACUGAAUGGUGCAAUGGGUGACCUAGGAACUUAUAUACCUAUAGUGCUUGCUCUUACCCUUGCCAAGAACCUUAACCUUGGAACCACAUUGAUCUUCACAGGUAUAUACAACAUCAUCACUGGUGCAAUUUAUGGUGUUCCCAUGCCUGUCCAGCCCAUGAAGGCCAUCUCCGCCGCCGCCUUAUCGGACCCCGGCUUCGGCGUGCCCGAGAUCAUGGCUGCCGGAAUAUUAACCGGCGGCCUGUUGUUGUUUCUUGGUGUAACGGGGUUGAUGCAGCUUGUGUACAAGAUGAUUCCUUUGUGUGUUGUGAGGGGAAUUCAACUAGCACAGGGUUUGUCAUUUGCUUUCACUGCUGUUAAGUACGUGAGAAAAAUCCAAGAUUUGCCUAAGUCUAAAGUUUUAGGUGAUAGGCACUGGUUAGGAUUGGAUGGGUUGGUUUUGGCCAUUGUUUGUGUUUGUUUUAUUGUUAUUGUGAAUGGUGCUGGUGAUAAGGAUCAAGGGUGUGGUGAUGCUGCAGAAAGUGGUGACACUAGAAGCUAUGAUUUGGGUGGACAAAGGAGAAAUGAACAUGAGGGUGUAACAAGAAAGAGGACAAGUAGAGUGAGGAAGAUAAUUUUCUCACUUCCUUCUGCUUUUAUAGUCUUUGUUUUGGGUGUUGUUUUGGCCUUCAUAAGAAGGCAUGAGGUGGUGCAUGAAAUUAAGUUUGGACCCUCUUCUAUAGAGGUGGUGAAAUUCUCUAGGGAAGCAUGGAAGAAAGGUUUUAUAAAGGGUACAAUUCCUCAGCUACCACUGUCAAUUUUGAACUCUGUGAUAGCUGUUUGUAAAUUGUCAUCGGAUCUGUUCCCAGGAAAGGACUUUUCAGCAACUUCAGUGUCAGUGACGGUGGGGUUGAUGAACCUGGUUGGUAGUUGGUUUGGUGCCAUGCCAUGUUGCCAUGGGGCUGGUGGACUUGCAGGGCAGUAUAAAUUUGGUGGAAGAAGUGGUGCUUGUGUGGCACUUCUUGGUGUUGCCAAAUUGGUAUUGGGAUUGGUGUUGGGAACUUCUUUGGCACACAUUUUAAUGCAGUUUCCUGUGGGGAUCUUAGGUGUGUUGCUAUUGUUUGCUGGAAUUGAAUUAGCUGUAUGCUGUAGGGACAUGAAUACCAAAGAAGAUUCCUUUGUGAUGCUUAUUUGCACUACAGUUUCAUUGGUGGGGUCAAGUGCUGGUCUUGGUUUUUUGUGUGGGAUGAUUAUUUAUGUGCUUCUUAAGCUAAGGAAUUGGACAAAGGAUAAACCAUUUUCUACCAUUUGGGUGCAUAAAAGCUCCGAGCAACUUUGAAGAAAAUAGGAGUAUACUAGAGUAUUAUUGCUUGCUGUUGCUUAUCUUUUGUUUUCUGGUGUCAUUAAUUACUAAAUCAAUCAGCACGGAUGAGUUUCAAGAAUAAUGUUUUCUAAAGUGUUUUUCCUUUUUUCUUUUUGGUUCAAUUUCUUUUUCUUUGUUGGUAUUUGAUGCUAAAACGAAGGUUUGUUUGUGGACUUAAUGAUGUUGUAGUUAGUAGGAUGUAGUGUUUGUAGUGCUUACUCUGUUACUAUAUAAAAAAAGUUGCUUCAGUUAAAGAAUCUCUUACAACAUUUUUUUGUUGGUGGAGGAUGAACUUCUUUAAAUGGGGAGUAUUUUUUGGUUUUUUUUUUUUGAUUUUUUUUUGUUUUUAUGGAGGAUGGACUUAUUUAUGUCUAUGCUCAUUUAUGUGCAAGAUGUUGAUCAAUGGGUAGUUUAUUGUAUUCAUAAGAAAAGGAAAAAAACAACAA